GUAUUGUUUGGAUUUGAUGUUUGAUUUCGAUGUUUAAAUUUGUUUUGCUUUAGUUUUUCAAAAUUUUCUGCGUGUGAUAACCAUUCAGUUUGCAAGUGUAAAAGACAUUUCGGACAGCAGCGAGUACAACGAAUCGAGGAAUCCUACGUACGACAGAUCAGAAAAAACACAAAACACAUUUCCCCAUGUAAUAAAAAAAUAUAUAUGAGAAUAAAGCGAACAAAGGACACCCAAUAAAAAUUCAUAUAUUUAUAUAGAGGAAAAUAGAAGAAUAGCCCUCCAAAAAUGCCGCUCUUUGCCCGUAAAUCCUCGAAGAACUCAUCUGAACACAGCAACAUCAGUCAGGACAGCAAAGGACGCACGUCCUUGAACUCGUCUAUGCUGCAAAACAACAAUAGCAAUCAUCAGAACAAUAACAAUGAUCUGGACAAGAAGCCCCCGCUGAUCUUCCACUGCCAACUGGCACAUGGCAGUCCGACGGGUCUGAUCACGGGCUUUGCUAGCGUUCGUGAGCUGUAUAAGAAAAUAGCCGAAUGCUUUGAUAUAUCCGAGGAUGACAUUUUAUUCUGUACCCUUAACUCGCACAAAGUGGACAUGACGCGUCUGUUGGGCGGCCAGAUCGGGCUAGAUGAUUUUAUAUUUGCCCAUCGCAAGGGUCGCGCCAAGGAGAUUGAGAUUGUCAAGACGCAGGAUGCUCUGGGUCUGACCAUAACCGAUAAUGGUGCCGGUUAUGCAUUCAUUAAACGCAUCAAAGAGGACUCCAUUAUUGAUCGCAUCGAGCACAUAUCCGUCGGGGAUCACAUCGAGAAGCUGAAUGGUCUCAAUAUGGUGGGCAAAAGGCAUUACGAGGUGGCACGCAUGCUGAAGGACAUUGGGACGGGGGAGACGUUCACGCUGCGCCUGGUCGAGCCGAUCCGCAGCGGCUUCCAGGGCAUCGGACCGCGCAGCCAAUCCCGUGCAUCCGCCUCGGCAUCCGGCGGCGGCGCCGGCGGCAAUGCCGGACGCAAUUACGGCAGCGGCAAGGAGACGCUGCGCUUCAAGGCCAAUGGCAAUGCACAGAUUGAGCCCAAAUUCGAUGAGGCAACCACCGCGGGCGUUGAGGCGAUUAACAAUCUGCUCGAAUCGUUUAUGGGCAUCAACGAUACGGAACUGGCGUCACAGAUAUGGGAACUGGGUGACAAGAAGUCCAACUCCAUGGACUUUGCUGAGGCCAUUGAUAACUCGGACCUGGAAUCGUUCGGUUUCACCGACGACUUCAUUAUCGAACUCUGGGGUGCUAUAACGGAUGCGCGUCGCAAAAGCAAAUCAAAAGAAGGACCUUAGGCGAUCAUCGACAACAACAACAACAACAACAACAAUGAUUGCAUUUUUAUUAGAGUUCUUAAACAAGUAAUAUAAACGCUUAACUAAUGCAAAAAAAUUAAAAAAAUAUUACAAAAGAAAAAACAAAAAAAAAACGGAAAUCAUAUUUCAUCAGCUAUUUUAUUAUUAUUUCUCUUAAUUGAUAAAGCUUAGUUAUUUUUAUUUAUAUAUUACAUACACGUGUAUUUAUCUGUAUGCCUGCAUUUGCCAAUUAUAUUGUAUUUGUUAUAUUUAUCUAUUAUAUAUAUGCAUACAAAUUGACAAAAAAGUAGCAAGUAGACAAACAAACAAAAUAUUACAAAGAAACUAUAUACUUUAUUAUAUUAUUAUAUUAUUUUGGUACAAUUUGUUCAAUGUACAUAAUUAUGCAUUUUAAUUUAGUUAUUAUUUACUAUAUAAACAUUUAUAAAUAAACUUAAAUUAUUUGAAAUUGA